CUGAGGAGGUCAUUUAAAUAAUCCUUAUUUUGCUGCCUUCGGUCGCUGAUAAACGGUCCCGACCCGUGAAUGAGGCAGGAAUCCCUGUGAUGCUACGAGAGGCUUUGGGCUUCCUUUUAAAAAAAGAAAAUUCUGGUUGCAUCUGAGGGGCACGAGUAGAAAAGAUGGAACAGUCAUAGUGGAAGUAGCGCUGACGUUUUCCUCUGUUGCAUUGUGGUUCCCUGCGGAGGAAGCGCUGAACUUAGCUGCCAAGGAGUGGGUCACACAAGUCAUGUUGCGAAACUGGGCCAGGCUAUGGAGGGGUCUCCCUUGCUCCGUGACCCCUAGAAAUGGGGCGCAGGACACAAUUUCCCCCAUGGGGGUCGUCCACCGUUUCUCCCACAAGGUACAGGGAGAUUCAGGAGCUUGGCUAUAUGCAAUAGAGACAAAUAAAGAUCAGGCUGUCCCCAAUCCUAGCUGGAGCCAAGAAAUGAUGGAGCAGUUCAACCAAUACAUGGAGAUGACGAAAGACGGAAGCUGGCAAAAGCUGCCCUCUUACAGGAGUAUUUCUGAUUACAUUCCAGAAGGAGACCCAAAGCCGGAAUUACAAAACGAUAAGCACCGCCUCUUCCUCCGAUGUGUCACGGAGGAAGGCAUGGGUUUUGAGUACGCCAUGUUCCUGAAUCUUUCGGAGAAGAGGAUGGCGUCCUUCUUCCAGCUAGGGCCCUACCUUGAAGGACCUUCAGGAUACGCCCACGGUGGUGCCAUCGCCACUAUCCUGGACACCACACUAGGGGCCAGCGCCUUCCACAUCAGCCGCUGGGUGAUGACCGCUAAUCUCAACUUAAACUACAAGAGCCCCGUGGCCUUGGGCUCCGUGGUCAGGGUGGACAGCAGGGUGGACAGAGUUGAGGGCAAGAAGAUCUUUGUGAGCGGCGAAAUGUGGAGUGUGGAUAAGCAGACCCUCUACGUACAGGCCACUGCUCUCUUUAUUGAACUGCAGCCCGACUCUUUUCUCCGGAAAGCAAGGGACCCCCACAGCUCCCUUUAACUGGCCGCCUGGCUGCCCGAGGACAGCUCUAUCGCAAGCCAUUCUCAAAGGAGUUUCACCGGUAUCUCUCCAGCCCUCUUUGCACCACAGGCUGGAACAACAGCGUGCCCAAAAAAUGCAACCCACACCGGUUUGGCAUGCCGUCUUUUGUCGAGCGAGGCGGGAGGCCGUGAAUCCAAAAAACUAUAUUUCUUGCCGACGUGUCACCUUGCAGAUCUGAGCUUCGUGCCCUAAUUCUAAAACCUGAUGGGUGUUUUCUGGCUGUUUUCGAACUCCCCCUCCCCCUUUCUUGGCUUUUCGAGGGUAUAUUUAUAUUUCAACUGUGGUUGGGUCCAAAUUUUGGGUCCUUGGGGGGGGGUUUCUCUGAACUGGGCGGGUUUCCUUGCGGACGUUUCGUGACCCGACUAGAUAACGUUGUCAGCAAACUCCGUUUCCUUCCUAGCACUAAUGAUGUCACCCAGUGAUCCCUUGGGGAUGCUAAGAAGCAAAUAUUGUGUUGUUCUGUUUAUUUGAAGCACUUUAGUUAGCUAUAGAUGCCUUUUGAGAUAGGAAAUUCUGGAGACAGGAAAGACAUAAAGGGUACCUGUUAAAUUCCUAUCUCUGCCCAGCUUUCUCAGUGCCUUGUGGAAGAGUUAUUGACACUUGUUAAACAUUACCUUACUUUUACAUCAGCCUUUUCAUCUGUUGGUUUGAGUAAGAGCCAGGAGAUUGCAAAUGAGAACGAUAAAUCCAACUACUCUUUACGGGUCUGUUCCUGCUUUAUCUUUCGGAACCAAUUUGCAUAACUUCCUCUUGUUCUUCCUGGUUUUCCUGGUGCCAGCUGGGAGCUAAGGAGAAAAAUGGCCACAGGUGAGGGAUGCAAAUAAGGAGACCAUCUCCAUAUCCCAAAUAGAAUAGAAUAUAGAAUAUAAAAUAGAAUAUAGAAUUAGAAAGAAUAGAAUAGAAUAGAAUCAUAGAAUCGUUAUUGUCACUUUAAAUGUACACUAAGCAUAUAUUAAAAAUGAAAAUUUGUUGCAUACGGUCAUUCAUUAAUUUGGGUGGAGAAAUACUGUACGCGCAGUACAUCAUCUCUGCUCGCACCACUAGCCAUCACUCUUGUAACUACUGACAGUUUAAAUGCCAGUUGAGCAACAGCAUGAUACUUGUUUUAUCAGCUUGGUGAAAAUAUGCCCACGGAUCUGGGAUUAAGGCCAGAUGAUUGUACCCAAGUUUAUUGUGGAAGGUCUUGGCUCACAUCAUGGGGGGGAGGGAAUCAUGAGCAAACUUCUCAGGUCCUUCUGGUUUGAGGGUGUGUCUUCAGCCAGGCAGUUGGUCCUGGCUGAAGUUCCUCCACUGCUGAUCGAAGGAAGCAGUCUGUCCAAGCUGUUGGGAGCUGAGCUGUGCCCAAAGAAGAGCUCCUGAGAAGAAGACGCCCUCCUCAAGGGAGCAGCGGGUCAAAAUAUUCAGAAUGCAGAGUCUUCUGAGGAGCAUCAACCAGACGGUCAAAGGGAUGGCCACCAGGGUUCCUGCUCUGGCAUGGAGGAAAGAGCUCUUGGUACAGCCUCCUCGUCUGCUCCUCAGAAGGACAUCCACAGUGAGUAUUGGGGAGGGCUUAGAAGGGAGGGGGGACACCCUCCCCAAAUAAAGCUCUUUGCCCCUGGUUUUGGAGGACCACCUAAAGGUUCUGAGAUCCUGAGGAGCUGCUGAAGGAUGCAGAGAAGGUAGAGGCUCCUGCAUCCAGAGCCCAAGAGACCUGAUGGGGUGGGCAGAGAUGAUUGAAGGCCUGCCAAUAAC